AUGCGACAACGGCCGCUGAGAGUUGGAUGUGUCUCGGGCGCGACAGGCGACAAUCCGAACGCGAUGCUCCGCAUGGCGCGAGACGGAAAUGUCGACAUUAUUGUUGGCGACUGGCUGUCGGAAAUGAAUAUCGCGUGGAACGCCAUCGCAAAGUCACAGGAUCCCUCGCUGGGAUACGAGGCUGGGUUUCUGAUGCAGCUCGACGAGUCGAUCAAUUUGAUAGCCGAGAAAAAGAUCAAGGUCGUCACGAAUGCAGGGGCACUUAACACGGAAGCUCUGGCCCAGCAGGUUCAUGAUUCGUGUCUGUCGAAGGGAUAUCGGGAUACGAAAGUUGCUGUUGUUCUUGGAGACGACAUUUCGGAGUUGGUUUGGGAUCCGAAGACGCGACGCAAUUUGGCUCAUCUGGAUCACUCUGACUGGAUGUGUGGAGAUUGGCCACUUGAGCCACAUUGUGGUGUUGCGUAUAUUGGGGCGUGGGGGAUCGUCGAGGCGUUGAAGGAAGGAGCCGAUAUCGUGAUCUGUGGUCGCGUGACCGAUGCGUCGCCUGUCAUCGGCGCGGCGGCGUGGUGGUAUCAAUGGCCUAAGGACGCCUGGGAUAAUCUUGCUGGUGCUCUCAUUGCAGGCCAUUUGAUCGAGUGCGGUCCUUACGUGACUGGGGCCAACUUCUCCGGCUUCAAAGCAAUUUUGCCCAAGCUGGUCGAUCUUUCCUUUCCCAUCGCAGAGAUUGAGGAAGAUGGCACUUGUGUGAUCACUAAAUGCCAGGAACAUGCUGGUGCAGUUACCAAGUAUAACACCAUUGCGCAGUUCCUCUACGAGCUCCAGGGGGAGCACUACUUGAACUCGGAUGUUGUUGCAGAUCUUCACAAUGUUGAGAUGAAAGAGGUCGGUUUGGAUCGGAUUCGAGUUCGUGGUAUUACUGGAAAUCCUCCUCCAGAAACGACCAAAGCAAUCAUCGCGGCGCCCGGUGGUUAUCAAGCCGAGGCAACUUUCUAUAUCAACGGACUGGAUGUUGCGGAGAAAGCAGAGAUGAUGCAGAAUCAGCUGUCGAAUAUAUUCCGGGAUAACAACUUCAGUAAGCUUUCUAUCGAGUUAUAUGGGUCUCCAGCCACGGAUCCGAAGAGUCAACAGGCUGGCACUGUUUCACUCCGUGUUUUUGCACAGGCGAGAAAGCUGGAAGAUAUAGCUGCCCCGGAGUUUAAAAUUCCGAUUUAUGCGCUGCGUAUGCAGAGCUAUCCAGGAUAUCAUAUGAAUCUCGACUUCCGCACCAUGGACCCAAAACCUUUCAUGGAGAUCUUCCCGGUCUCAAUAAACAUGAACCUCCUCAAUCACCGGGCGAGAUUGUUUCCCAGUGGAACUGAGGUCCCCAUCGCUCCACCUACCGUCACCCUCAAGCAACCGGCACAGAGACCCUCUUACGAAACUCCCCACCCAGCACCUCUAACAUCCUUCGGUCCAACACAACUAGCACCGCUGGGAAGCAUCGUUCACGCUCGCUCAGGCGACAAAGCCAAUAACUCAAACAUCGGCCUUUUUGUCCGAAACGAAGACGAAUACCCGUGGUUGCAAUCAUUCCUCACCGUUUCUCAAUUGAAGGGAUUAUUCGCAGACGACUGGAGCGAGAAAACAGAGGAUGAUACAGAGAGAAGGGUGGAACGGUGUGAAUUCCCCAAGAUUCUAGCAGUGCAUUUCCGAGUCCUCGAUUUCCUGGAUGGGGGGAUUGCCAGUUCUAGCAGGAUCGAUGGGCUUGGCAAAGGCAUUGGAGAGUUUCUCCGUAGUCGGGUUGUGCCUGUUCCUGUGAAAUUCUUGGAAAGGGGCUGGAUUUGA